AUGUCGAGCCAAGGAUCCGACAACGUGUUAAGUUACGACAAUGGCGCAGUGGAGGAUAGCAGCUCUCGGCGAAGCGAGUCACCGGAUGUUAUCUAUAUUUCAAGGCCGAAAGUUACCAAGCGUGAUCUGAGAAAUGAACUCAAGUCCCAGAAAGCUCGCAUUGCCUCGCUGCUGGACGAAAUCAAAACCUUGCAAGCAGUUGAUUCAACUGAGAACAGGGGACAGGCCAAACUACUGUCAAGUGUACAUCAGCUAUCGGUUUCAUCGUUGAAUAUACCGGAGUGUAAGCCGGCUACUGAAGGUGAUGGUAUACAGCGGCAUUCCUUUGAAAUGUGGCGCGAUCUUCUCGUCGAUUCGAUGAAGUUACUUGGCAUCAACGAUGAGUCCACUAUGUUCACUAUUUUCAAAGUGAAAGCGGGACAGCAGCUACUCGAUAUUUUCAAAAACACAAAAUCGGACCAAGACGCACCAGAUGCAGAGGAGUUCCCGUUUUCCAACGCUUUGCAUAGGCUCAAAUCGUACUUUGGGUCCGGCUCGGACGUCUUGCUUCAAAGACGGAAGCUUGCGGUGAUGGAUCAAAAACCAAACGAGUCUGAUCUGUCCUACAUCAGCCGAGUAGGUGCGACAGCCCGGCUAUGUGAUUUUGAACCAGGAAAAGAAUUCGAGCAGAUCGUCAGCACAAUCGCUGAGCAUGCUUUGAGUAAAGAAGUUCGCGCAAUAGCCCUGAAGAUGCUUAGUCGAAAUGCAUCGUUCACAGACCUGGUGGACAAAAUCCGCGAGUUGGAAGCAAUUCGUCUGAAUGAGGAGUUUUUUAUGAAGAAGCAGAGAAAACCAGAACCGGCUACGCUUGCACCAGUUCGCGUCGAUUUUCCCCGAAACUCAGGAUUUCAUCACAGCAGUUUGAUUCGAUCGAGGAUGCGCACGAAUCAAAGCGGUGGUCGUCGUGAAACCGGAAGAAGCUUUGUCCCAACGCGUGACAGGUACUUCGCCACAUCUCGAGACAGGAAUUUCGGUACAUCUCGCGACAGAAGCUUUUCUACACCUAGCGAUAGAAACCUGAGUGCAACCCGUGACAGACAAUCCCGAACAGAUAGAUGCUGGCGAUGCAACAGCGUGUACCAUUUGCCCGUGGACUGCGAUGCUGCGGAUAAAGUUUGCCGAAACUGUGGUCAGAUGGGACACAUUGCAAGAGCUUGCAGCCAGCGGUUCCCUGCAAGUUCGUCGUCGCGAAAGAGAUAUUCCGACACAGAUACCACAGAAUCAGAAUCCAACCCGAAGAGACUGGCAGCUAUUGAAGCACCAAAAUUGGAGUCCGACGGAAAGGAAGAAGUAUUACCUUCCGAUCUCUUUGAAUUGGUCGCAGCGCUCUCCUUCGGGGACGAAGGAAUAAUCACGGUAAAGGUAGCUGGGAUGCCAUGCGAACUCCUUAUCGACUCCGGGGCACAAGUUAACACAUUGUCUGAGGAGAACUUUAUGAAAUUGAAAGCGGAUUCUCAUUACCGGGAAGAAAUUUACAACUUCCAUGCGCAAUCCGAUCGUACACUGAUACCGUAUGCAUCUUCCGAUGAGAUCAAGGUGUUAGGCACGUUUGAAGCUCCCUUGUAUAUUUCUGAUGAUAGACCGGUACUAAUCGAAAAGUUCUAUGUGGUCAACGAACGUUAUUCCUUGCUUGGUCGAUCAACAGCUACCCGAUAUUGUGUGCUACUCUUGGGUCUUAAGGUUCCGACGUGCUUCUCUCCUUCCGGUGCAACAUUCAACAAUUCGAGAAAUCUGAUCAACGCUAUCGGCACUGAGGGUGUAUUUCCCAAGUUCAAUAUUCCACCCGUAAUAAUACAUUACGACAAGACAGCCCCACCCUGCAGGAGCAUUUUUACGAACGUUCCGAUAUCACUGAAACCAAUUGUGCAUCAACGAUUAUUGGAAUUAGUAAGAUCUGAUAUUAUUGAACCAGUAAACGAAGAAAUGGAUACCUCAUUCUGUUCCUCGAUGUUGGUGGUGCCAAAGGGCAAAGACAAUAUACGAUUAGUGAUCGAUUUAAGAGGACCUAAUCGUUAUAUAUUUAGAACACCAUUUGUCAUGCCUACACUUGAAAGUAUUCUGGCAGAACUAGACGGCGCUCGAUGGUUCUCGACAAUAGACCUUUCAAAUGCGUUCUUUCACAUCGAGCUCGCAGAGGAGUCACGGCAUCUCACAAAUUUUUUUUACUGA